AUGAUGCUGUCCAGAAUCGCCGCCCCAGCGCAAGCCCGCGCCUUUUCCACAUCACUGGCCGUCCGAUUCAAUGCGUCCAGAUCACUCUAUGAUGAUAGAAGAAACCCUCUAGUCGGCAACUUCGUCCCUCCUGCACCGGCACCCAAGCCCAUCAUCCCCCCAAAAGCUCAAUCUAAACCCGCCUCAACCGAUUUCGUCCCCCCUCCCCCUCCUCCUCCCGCCGAGUCAGAAUCACCAUCAUCCUCAGCUGAGCAGCCAGCCGCUGAAAAAUCAACCUCUUCUUCUUCAUUCCCCUACACGGCAGCCGACUCCUCCGCCCCCUUCAACUUCGACAUUGCCGAAAUCGUCGCCGCCCGAUCCGCCGCCUACGGCCAGUCCCUCAACGUCGGCGACCCUCUCCUCCGGCCCAAGAUCCGCACCGAAGCCGUGACGGGGCGCACCGUCUUCAUCAAGGACCGCCUGUCGCCUACUUCGGCACCUACCCCCGCCGUGGCCAUCCGCGUGCUGGAGAGGAUGUGCAGGGACCAAAAGGUGCGGAACAAGUACCACUCGCAAAAGUUUCACGAGAGGAAGGGUUUGAAGAAGAAGAGGUUGAGGAGUCAGCGGUGGAGGGCGAGGUUUAAGACGGGAUUCAAGGCUGCUGUCAACAAGGUUUUGGAGUUGAAGAAGCAGGGCUGGUAA